AUGUUUUUCACGCAGGAAUACCCUUAUGUCACUGUCGCACGGGAGCUGCAACAGGACCCUCCCAAGGGUACGCCGUACUCUGUUCCUUUGCCGGGAACUGAGCUGCCCGGGAGGACUCCGGUAUACCGAGCUUGGAAUGCUCAGAAUGAAUUGUUUUCCACGGCUGAACCGGAAGUUCGCACCACUCAUGACAUGUUCGAGCUCGCGGCAAGUCGAUACGCGAAAAAUAAAUGCUUAGGGAAGCGUACAUACAACCCCGUCACGAAGACCUGGGGUCCAUUUGAAUGGAUGGAUUAUCAGACUGUCCAGAAACGUCGGGCCGCUUUCGGCGCUGGCUUGGUGGAGCUGCACAACAAGCACAGAUGCGCCAAGGAGGGCCAGUACACUGUCGGCCUGUGGUGUCAGAAUCGGCCAGAAUGGCAGUUGACUGAUUUGGCGUGUGUAUCCCAGUCUUUGAUCACUGUCUCGAUCUACGACGUGCUGGCUCCUGAUGCAACAGAAUACAUCAUUAACCACGCGGAGCUGGCCUGUGUUGUCACAUCUCUGCCACAUAUACCAACGUUGCUUAAGAUUAAACCUAGGUUGCCUGGUCUGAAGAUCAUUAUUAGCCUGGAUCCUCUAGAUGCCGGUGAACAACCAGGCUACUCAAAGCGGGCUAUUCUUGAGUCCAUCGCUGCGGAUCUCGGUGUUUCGAUAUAUACCAUCGACGAAGUAGAAGAGAUCGGUGCCACGUCAAAUCGUCCCUAUAACCCUCCUUCUGCAACUGAUAUUGCCACGAUUAACUAUACAUCUGGAACCACUGGCCCCCCUAAGGGAGUCGUUCUUACGCACGAGAAUGCCAUAGCCACUGCUUCUACUAGCCUAUCCCUGUUUGUGGAUCAAAAAACCCCAUCGCUGCUUUCAUAUCUUCCAUUGGCUCAUAUCUACGCCCGCUUGGUAGAACAUAUAGCUUUCUGGGGGGGUGCGCAGAUUGGUUAUUUCCACGGUAACGUUUUGGAACUGGUUGAUGAUUUGAAGGAGCUGAAGCCCACUAUAUUUGUAUCAGUGCCUCGGCUCUACAAUCGCUUUGGUACUGCAAUUCGUGAUGCAACCGUCAAGCAACCUGGUUUAAAAGGUGCUUUGUCAAGACAUGUUGUCUCGGCGAAACUUUCGAAUCUGCAAAACUACGGUACCGUGAAUCACGCUCUGUAUGAUAGGAUCUGGACCAAAAAGGUAGCAGCUGCAAUUGGGUUGCAAAAGACAAAAGCUAUGGUGACAGGUUCCGCACCUAUAGACCCGUCCCUGCAGAACUUCCUGCGAGUGGCCCUUGGGGUUAGCUUCGUCCAGGGUUGGGGUAUGACAGAGACAUAUGCGAUGGGAUUAGUGCAGAAAACCGAAGAUGUCAGCACUAGCAAUUGUGGACCUAUCAGCCCUUGCAUGGAAGCCUGCCUGAUGUCUCUACCGGAUAUGGAGUAUUCCGUCCAUGAUAAACCAUAUCCAAGAGGUGAGUUACUUGUGCGUGGCAAAAACGUUUUCCUGGAGUACUUCAAAAAUCCCGAGGAGACUGCGAAUUCGAUGACGGAAGACGGAUGGUUCCGCACUGGAGACGUUUGCAAAAUAGAUGAACAGGGCCGCAUCAUCAUCAUCGACCGUCGAAAGAACGUGCUCAAGUUAGCUCAGGGCGAGUACAUCUCCCCGGAACGGCUGGAAGGCGUGUAUCUCUCGGAGCUUGGCUACUUCGCACAAGGCUAUGUUCAUGGAGACAGCGUUCAGAACUUCCUCGUGGGCAUAUUUGGUGUGGAGCCCGUUUCCUUUGCCGCGUUUGCAAGCAAGAUAUUGAACCAACACAUCGAUCCAACGAACAUCGAGGCUCUCAAGACAGUAUUAGCCGAGGAUAGAAUACGCAAGGCUGUGUUGAGGGAUUUGGAGCGGGUCGCAAAGAAACACAAACUUGCUGGGUAUGAAAGGGUCAAGAACUGCGCUUUGUUGAUUGAGCCUUUCACAGUUGAGAAUAACCUUCUGACACCAACCUUAAAAUUGAAACGUCCGCCAACUGUGAAGAAGUAUCGCCAGCUUCUUGACGACCUUUAUGCCCAGGCUCUGGCAGAAGAGUCUGCCCCUAAGGCCAAGCUUUAG